AUGACGGUCAUCAAAAUCGAGGCCGUCACGGACCUGCUAUGUCCGUGGUGCUACGUCGGCAAGAGAAAUCUCGACCGCGCAAUCUCACAAUAUCGCGCCGUGGACCCUUCUGCCGAGUUCGAGGUCGUAUGGAAGCCGUUCUAUCUGAGCCCGGCGUUGAAGAGCACAGGCUACGACAAACGCGAAAUGUACACGACCCGCUUCUCCCUAGGAGGCGACCUCCCCACCGCAAUAGCCCGCGUAACCUCCGUCUGCUCCGCCGCCGGCAUCAACCUAAACGUCUCAGGCCGCACCGGCAACUCGCGCCAGUCCCACAAACUCCUACGGCUCGCCCUCGUCUCCAAGGGUCCCCUAGCCCAAGACCGGCUCCUCGAGGCGCUCUUCCGAGGGCACUUUGAACUCGGCGCCGAUAUUUCUGAUAGGAACUACCUCGUCAAGACGGCGGCGGCGGCGGCGGGACUGGAUGAAGCUGACGUCGAGGCCGCGCUCGAUAGCGAUCGUGCAGGGGAAGUUGUCGACGAAGAGGUUGUGGGGGCGAGAAAGGCUGGUGUUACGGGUGUGCCGACGUUUACUGUGCAGGGCAGGUGGAGGGUUGGUGGGAAUCAGGAGCCGGAUGUGUUUUUGAGGGUGUUUGAGCGGGUCACGGAGGGCCAUUGA